AUGACCUCCAGAGGUGGCAUUGAUGUAGGUCUGAUGGAUAAUGGUAGUAGAAAACGUAGAAGAGAGGAUGUGGAAAAUGAUGAAGAAGAGUCAGACAUUAUUGUUCUUUUGUUGAUUUCUCUGGUAGCUGUUUUGGGAUCUUGGUACCAUAAUAAAUAUUUUAUCAAAGAGGUUCCCAUGAAAAAUGAUGUAAGAGCUCAACGGAGGGAAAUUUGGAUGAGAUCCUUAUGUCGUGAUCCUACAUGUUUUAAGCAACUACGACUAAAUGUGCACACAUUUAACAAAUUAUGUGAUGUAUUACAAAAUGAGGGUGGACUAGUUGUUUCAAGAAAUGUCACAAUAAAAGAAAUUGUGGCAAUAUUUCUACAUAUUCUCGCUCAUGAUCAAAAAAAUAGUACAACAACAUCUAUAUUUGCGCGUAACAAAGUGAUGGAUUAUAUAAUGAGAGGGAUGCAAGGAGAUGGAGAUGGUCUCCGCUAUUUGAGUAAAAUUCUUACUAUAUGCUGUCAACUUAUUAUUUUCAUAAUUUUGGCUAUAAAUGAUAAUGAAAGUAUGAAUCACAAGAUGAAAAAAGUAACAAAAGCUUCAAUGUCAAUUAACACAAAAACAUCCAAGAGGAGCUUUUCCGACUAUGGUGCUUCUACUGAUCAUGUUGCUGCUGUUGAAGUUAAGCACAAACAAUCAUAUGUAUCUUGGAAUAAGGAGAUAGACAGUCAUUUGGCUUUCAUAUUAACUGAACAAAUGGCUCUUGGACACAAGUGUGAUGUUGAUACUUGGAAGCCCCAAUCUCUGCAUGCUGCUGUGACGUACUUAAAUGCAAAGUUGCAUCUGAAUUUGACGAAAGAUAACAUAAAAAAUAGACUGAAAAGCUGGAAGAAGCACUUCAAUGUAGUUUCUGACAUCCAAACUAAUCAAAGUGGUUUUUCUUGGGACGAGGAUAAGAAAAUGAUUGUUGUCACUUCUGAUGAAUCGAGUUCUUGGGCUACAUAUGUGGAGUCACAUCCUGAUGCAAAAGCGAUGCAAAAUAAAAUGAUAGAAAAUUGGGAUGACAUUGUUCUCUUAUGUGGAAGAGAUAGAGCAACGGGUCAAAAUGUUGAAACUUUUCAAGAAGGUAGUGAAGCAAUGGAUGAAGAUGUUGACAUUGAAGAAGACUUGGCUCCAAGUUCCGAUUUCAGAGCACGAGCAAGGACAACAAAGUAUCUGGCAAGGAAAAAACAAGAAGAGAAACCAAGUGGCAUUGAGAUACAUGAGGUUGUAUCGGUUAUACCGGGGAUUACUAGUGAAGAAGUGUUCAAAGUUAUCCUGAGAGAUAGGUACAAAGAUUGCUUCAGAAUUCAGAUUGGGAUGGCCUCACCACCAGCCUCUGGAAUGACCCAUGGGUUAACGCAUACGCUUCAGGCA